GGUCUCUCCAGCUGCAGCCUCUGCGCGCCCGAGAGCUAGAGCGCAGCGGCCGCGGAGCAUGGAGCCGGCAGCGCCCUGAGCCCCUUCCCCGGCGGCAGCAUGAGCUUCCCGCGACCCCUGCGGCGCUCGGUGAGCCUGAGCCCGGCCCGCACGCUGCGGCUGGUGGUGCUGGGACAGGGCGCCGUGGGCAAAACAGCUCUAACUGUGAGAUUCAUCACCAAGAGAUUCAUUGGGGAUUAUGACCCUACUCUAGAAAUGAUUUACAGACACACGGCUGUCAUUGACGGGGAGAUGGUGCACUUUGAGAUCCUCGACACCGCAGGACAGGAGGAAGACUCCUUGCAGAUUGAGGAAAAGAUCAAGUGGGGUGACGGCUUUGCCGUGGUGUACUCCGUGACGGACCGGUGCAGCUUCGAUGAGGUCAUGCGGCUGUGCUUCCUCAUCAACCACAUCCACUCCAGCCCCAAGCGGAGCAGCGGGAGCGACCCGCCGCCUGUGGUGAUUGUGGGCAACAAGAAGGACCUGCAGUUUGACAGGAUGGUGUCUGCUGAGGAUGGCGAGAACCUCUCCAAAGCCCUCAAGCACCCUUUCUACGAGAUCUCCACCAGGGACAGCUAUGAAGAGACAGUGGUGGUGUUCCACACCCUGUAUAAUGAGCUGAUGAGACAGGGGCACUUCUCCCCGGGAUCCUUCAAGAGGAGGGCUGUGUCGAAGCUGAUGGAAAAGAUUCCCAGGAUGCACGCCAACUCCACCCUGAACUCGGGCGGCCGGAGCCUCAGCUUCAACUCCUUCAGGGAUUACAUACCGGAGUGAGCCACCCCCUGGGCAUGGUGUGGGAGAGGACAGUGCCCAGGAGCAGCCUAGAUUGGCAACAGACCGGCUGCAGGCUGCUCACCUUCCCAGGCUAGAGAGCGCUGUAGGUAGCAAGGGUGGGCCCUUUUGGGCAUCUGUGUUCCGGGAAGGUCACAGUGCUGCUGGCUUCCUGCAGGGAUUUAGUAAGAGGGGUGUGGCUCUGGGCGAGGGUUGAUGCAUCAGCCAUUCGCCUAGAAGCCCAGGGGGUUACUUUCUUGCUUAGGAUCAGCAGGGAAAACUCAUUGGGAGGGUCUUGUCCCUCCCCCCCAUUCUGUGCACAUCAGAGACUGCCACUGAACUUAACACAAUGGGCAGGCUUCCCUCUGGGGCGGCUUGGGGGUGGACUGAUGGGGGCAGGAUUGAGGCGCGGAGCUGUGUGGAUGCCUAGUCAUGGCAAAAGGGAGAUGCAUUGGCAGAGUAGGCAGGAAGCUUGCACAGCACAUGCUGCCUGGCUCUUGAGCUCUCCAUUCCAUGAGCACAAUGUAGGCCAAAUAGUGUACGUCGGGCUUUUCAAAGCAGGUCAAGCCAAGAAUCCAGCCAGCCUUGUCUGCUGUCUUCGCCAGUGACCAACAUGGGCUACUUUGGCUGCAAACAGUUGUUGGUGCAUGGACGCCGCUAGCCAGGGGAAGCGGCCAGGCACCUUUGAAGUGUUUCAUGCAUUCCCUGUCCUCCUUUCCCACCCUCACGUCGGACCCCCUUUUGUCCCCAUCAGAGUCAAUGGCAAAGUUCUCGGCGGUGCAGAAUUAAGCCCUUAGUGCCUGGGUGGCCACACUGAUGCGACCCCACCAGCUCAGGAUGAUUCUCAACUUACCCACAAACACUCAGCACUGAAAUGCUUCGCUCCACUUCCUGUGAGUGCCUGCUCUGGUGGCCAUGGAGAGCUCACCGAGGUGGAGAUCAGAUGGCCAUGUAGGGGACAGAACCUUAUUUCUAGCUGCCAUAGAUGUUUUUAAAUGUCUCUAGCUCAGAUGAUGGAGUAACUCUCAAAGGACAUUGUUGUCCCUCUUGCAGCUCCCUGAACUUUUUAUUCAUUUUUUUUUUUUUUUACCCCGAGGAAAAUAAAUCGACUGAAAAGAGAAGAUCAGAGGAGCUAAAAGCAGUUUGUGGUCCCACCUCUGCCUACCCUGGAGUCUCCCUGCCAAUCCAUGUGGUUUUGCAAUCCUAUUUCUGUGUUUACAAUUUUUGACUUUCUUGUGGUUAUUUAAAAGAUUUGCAGAAACCAGGGAAACUGACUAGCUAGGAAACCUCUGAAACUGACUGUGCACCAAGUGAAAUAAACUGGGAAGACCAACACCUGCCUAAGUGUCGCUUGUAACAAUAAUAAGGGACCUUUCUGAAACAGAUGGGGGAUUUUCAAGUUGGCAAUAUCCCUAUGAGAGUUGUGUGAUGGGAAUUCAGCCAUUGCUCUUUACAGGGCUAGGAGCAAGGCAGUCUAGUACAGGUUGAACCUCUCUAGUCUGGCACCAUGGGACCAGACUGUUGCUGAACCAGAGAAUUUGCUGGACUACGGGAGGUCAGUCUAGCGGCAUCACCAGAACUUCUAAUGCUUAUUGGACAGUUAGAGGACAUUUAGGAGUAAAUUAGAGCUAAAUAACAGAACAUUGAGAGCCCGGACCAGUGGCUGUAAAUAAACUUUAUGAGACCUCAGAAAACUUGGUCAUACCCAUGAUAAGUGGACAUCCGGCAUGAUUGAAAUAGAUAUGACCAUAGAUAUUUCGGGACCAGAAUGUGCUGGAUUAAGGAGGUUCAACCAAGACACAGACGAAAGGGGACUUGAUGGCUCAGGAUAUUGGAGCUCUUCACUUUUCGUCUGUUGGUGUGAUUUCCCUCCACAUAGUUGAGAUGGGUAGUAGCCAAAAGUUUCCACUUGAUUAUGAGAAGGAGGAUGGUUUAGGGAUUAGGGUGCUUGCCUAGCUGAUCUAGGUUGAAUUCCCUGCUCUGCUACAGACUUAAAGCAGAGAGCUGAAUCUCUCUGCGCCUCAGUGUUCACCUGUGAAAUGGGAAUAAUAGCACUUCCCUGCCUCACAGAGGUGACGUGAGGAUACUAAAGAUUGAGCCAUUCCUACACCCCAGGCGUGGGGGCAGUAUAAAUAAAUUUGCUGGCUGUUUAGGGGCCUGUUUGAACUGCUGCCACCCCAACAUUAGCCACUAAUUAAGAGUGACACCUCAGACUAUUGAAAGCAGAUGUUCUCUCUGUUUUAUUUUUCUGCAUUUAAACUAUAGCCAUCUCCCUUCUUGCCUGUCAGGCUAUGUCUACACUGCACACCAAUUUUGAAAUAACUCAUGUUAUUUUGAAAUAACAGAGUGCAUGUCUACACAGCAAGCCUGUUAUUUCGAAAUAAUGGGCUUCUUACUCUGAUUUCUGUAACCCGCAUUUCACGAGGAGUAAAGGGAAGUUGGAGGAAGAGUGUUCUUCCUUCCACUUUCUACUGUGUAGACAGCGCCAAGAGCCAAAUUAAGCUGUUUCGACUUCAGCUACGGAAUUGAGGUAGCUGAAGUUGCAUAGCUUAAUUCGACUUUAGCCCUGCUGGGUACACGUGCUCCCAGGCACUGACUGUGGCUUGCACUACAGGGAAAUGUUGAAAUGUAAAAGAGAAAACGCUUUACAGUACCAUUGUUUAUAAAAUAUGCCUAUUAAUCCCAGGGUUUGUAAAACCUUUUUUGGUUUAGGCUGCAUGAGCAACAGCUCUUUAAAUAGCUCAGUAAAUAACAUCUUAGGCCAGGGAAGGCAAGAAUUUCAGAUUUUGCUGUCCCUCUUCAGCCUAAAAGAACCAGGCACAUUUUAAU